AUGAAACAAUAAUUCGAUGUAUACACCUGUGAUUCAUUUUCCAUGCGUAUUCAAGUCUAAUCUUCAAUCCAUCACUGGAAAGAGAAUUUUCUGACAUUCAUAACUGGAGGCCCCUCCGAGAAUAAUGUACCAUGAGUGUACGAGAUUUCAUCUGUGGAGCACUUACCUCUGGUGCCUUGUUCCUCUUGGCUUCAGUCGUCGCUUUCACUUUAUUCUGGCCAUCCAGCUCUCCUCGAUGCCAAGUCUCCUCGGACUGCAAUCAAGCCCGGCGAGAUGAAAUGGAGCAAGCAAAGAUCGAGCCCACUCCGGCUGUAAUCUUACUUUGGACCGAGUUAAACGGCAGCUUCGAUAACUGGGUCGAUUACUUUGGCAAUGACUUGGACAACAUCAACCACUGCGGAUUUGAGUCCGAUCAAAUUCCACCUCGGAUCUCUCGGAAUCCCGAAGAUCAACCUAACGCCCAGGUGGUGAUCUUCAAUCUGAAUGAUCUUCGGCUCGAUGAUUACGAGGAUCAAGACACGUGGAAAGUGGACAACUUGCCCUUGCUCCAAAAGAACCCUUCGCAAAUUUGGGCGCUACUCUGGCACGAACCGCCUUCUCGGAUCAAAGUACCCCGUCACAAACUGGCCUGGUUAGACGAACUGUUCAACUGGACCAUAUCGUACCGCCGUGAUAGCGACAUUUUCUUUCCCUUUGGUUACUUUGUGGAUAUUCCUUACACCAAAGUGCUCAAAACACCCUGGCGAGAGCUUUGGGUACGGAAAGGGGUGGUCUGGCAGUCGGAUGAGUGUCAAACUAACAGUAAAGCCAAGAAAUUCAUCGACAACCUCGCUCAAUACAACCAUCGGAACUUCAAUGUCAAAAUGCUCGGGGCUUGCUCAAAGAACGGAGACAAAUUGGAAGAACCCGCCAAGUUCUGGGCUGCCUUGGAAACAGACAUCUGUGACGAUUACGUCACAGAGGGCUUCUUCAAAGCUCUGUAUAAUGACUACGUGCCCGUUGUUUUUGGCGGGGCCGACAUCGGCUACGAUGAGGUGGCCCUACCCGGCACUUACAUUGAUGCCUUGUCCUUUUCUAGUCCUGAGACCUUGGCCGAUUACCUCAAAAUGAUUAGUAAGGAUUCGCGGGAAUUCGGCCAGUAUGUGGCGUGGCAGCACAAUUUCCAGGUUAUAUCUGGACGCUUUUGGGUCUGCCCGUUCAGCCAAGCUGUGAUCGAGGCGGCAGAGGAGAAAAAACCGCCCAAACCAGUACUUAAAAACUUUACCCAGUUCUGGGACCAAAAAAGAUGCUACGGAGAUUAUGAGGAUGCGCUUUUGUACUCCAUGAGAGCCUCAGUGGAUCAGUAAACUUCAGUUAUUGCUGUACUAGGUCAAAUUAAAAAAAACCUCUUUUUCUAUUCA